GACUUCAAGUUUCACGCCAGAACAAUUCGAAUUUUCUACACUUUGAACACAUUGUCAGGAUGCAAAACAAUCAAGGAACGAUAGGUCUACCUUAUGAAAGUAUUUACGAUGAGAUUCUAGCCAAAGCGACAAGCUCACAGCACGGCUACACGGAUGAAGAAGUCAAUAACGUCUUGAAAGAGAUGCAGGAAAGAUACCACAAAAGAUAUCCCGGCGAAAGAUACGAUCUAUAUUUCCAUGAUAUCGCAUUCCCCAAUCAACCCUGGUUGGCCGAAAGUUGGGCGUGGAUACAUUUAUUCCCUGGAGAACCUCGACCUUGGCGCUUGUCAAACCACACAGAAGAAGAGUCAGGAUACUACGAGGCGCUAAAUAGACAUGCGGUGUGCUUAUAUCGAGCCACGAGCACAGCAACACAAGUUGCCCACCGUGUUGGAGAUUCCGCUUCUGUAUUAGCUCAGCAGUGGGAUACCGAGCCGGUUGUCAAAGAUGGAUCUGAAAUGGAUGCCGAACCGACACUGGGUGCAAAUGAUGAUAUUCCAAGAAAACGUUCCAUGCCAAAUAAUGAGGAAGCACGAAAAAAGGUCAAGACGAAGAAGGACAUGUAGAUUGUAGCGAGCGCGUUGAGUCUGAAGGCGAGGAGGAAUAUUGAUACGAUCAAUCGUUCGCAACUCUUGCAAGAAUUCUAGAGCA